AUGGCCCACCACCAAGACCUUGCCCCUACGCAGGGCUACGAGAAGCUCCAAUGGAAGAGAAACCUCCCUUCGAGAGGGUUCAGACCAUCGGUCUGGCUCGGUCUUCUCGUCGCAAUGUCGUCGUACGGGUUCUACAAGAUCAUCGAGGGCAACAGAGAACAGGUGGAGCUCUCGAGAGAGAAGCUCUGGGCGAGAAUCAACGUCUUGCCUCUGUUGCAGGCGGAGCAGGACAGAGACGUGCUCAGAAGAUCGUUGGCGUACUACAACAGAGAGGCCGAGAUCAUGAAGGACGUGCCAUGGUGGGAGGUCAAGAACACGUACUCGGACAAGAACGAGUUCCACCCUCCACACACGGUCCUGUACGUGCUCUACACGACGCUCCUGCUGACCCGUCUCCAUGCCGCUGUCUACGCGAUCAUCCCCGACUGCGACGAAGUGUUCAACUUCUGGGAACCGUUGAACUUCUUGACGAGAUUUUUCGGCAAGCAGACCUGGGAGUACUCUCCAGAAUACGCCAUCCGGUCGUACGCCUACCUUGCCCAGUAUUCCCUGCUCAUCUAUCCGAUCAGUUGGCUCAAGUACGCCCUCAGCCUCUACCACGUGGCUGUCCCCUCGUACACUCUCUUCUAUCUGGUCCGUGUCAUUCUCGCCGCAUCCUUCACCCUGGCCGAGAUCAAGCUCUCCAAAAGCCUGAAGUUCCUCAACAAAAACAUCCAGAACUGGUUUCUCCUUUCGCAGAUACUGUCCCCGGGCAUGUACCAGGCUGCAGUCAGCAUCCUCCCAAGCUCGUACACCCUUUUGUUCGGCAUCAUAUCCACCACAUACAUUAUCCACUUCUUUAACACCGAAAAAUUCAUCUCGAGCAUCGAUACAGAAUUGGUCAACUUGGAAGACAAGGCGAACACCAUCAAGGAUGCGCCCCAGGUUGACGAGUUGGCUCCUCGCACCAACAUGCUCUUGAACCUAUACAGAGUCUCCAGCCCUUUGAUCACCAAAUCGUACACGAUGGCAACACUAUUGACUGCCGUCGCAGGCUUUGUCGGGUGGCCAUUCUCAAUGGUGUUGAUUGUUCCUUUCAUCACCUACAGCUUGAUCAACUCCCUCGUGUUCUCCCCUAAAUCCGUUUUGAAAAACGAUUAUAGCGUCAUGAGACUAUUUUCCAUCUAUCUAUUGUCCGGCCUAUCUUGCGUCUUUUUCAUCGCAUAUUUCAUUGCACAAUUCGACUCCUUGUUCUACAAGAAAACAGCUUAUGUUGGGUUCAACAUCUUGUCUUACAACGUGUUCCACGCGUCCGAUUCUACUGGUCCUGACAUCUUUGGAACAGAAGACUUCCUCUGGUACUUCAAGAACUUGUUGUUGAACUUCCACAUUUUUUUCGUCAUUGGUGCACUCAAUUUCUUGACACUUUUCAACAGAUACCAGUUAGUCAUUUACAAACUGCCUUUGCUAAUCUGGUUUGGUAUUUUUGUUUCCCAGGCUCACAAGGAAGAACGUUUCAUGUACCCGAUUUAUCAUCUCAUCUCGAUUUCCUUUGCCCAGUUCAUGUCCUGUGAAACUUUCAAUGUAAACUGCUUUACCAAGAUCACAAAGAAAAUCUUGAACUAUGUCGUUUUGUCGACAACAGUUUUUUUGUUCUUGACAAGAGUUAAUAACAUGAACACAAACUACUCGGCUCCAAUCAACGUAUUCAAAUAUUUAUCUGAUUCAACAGUCGAUAACCAUUCCUCCGUAAUUGAAAACGUCUGCAUUGGCAGGGAAUGGUACCACUACCCUUCCUCCCUUUUUCUCAACGAUAACCAGCGCUUGAAAUUUACACAGUCUUCUUUUGAUGGAAUGCUUCCUGGAGACUUCCUCGAACCUGCAGUCCAUUCUUUUGAAGGAUUAGUUAAGACCACUUCAGCCAUCCCAGCAGGCUUUAACAACAUGAAUAAAUACAACCCGGAUUUUGUUGUUUCAAGCUCUGAAUGCAGCUUCUAUGUUGACAUCGAUAUGAAAUAUUCUGCCAAGGAUGCUACAUCUUUGGAAAAUCCAGAGUGGGAAAUUUUAUACUGUGAAACAAUUUUAGAUGCUGAUAAUUCCUCCGGAAUCGAGAAAUCUCUCAGUAUCAAGAGUUUUAUAGACGAUUUCAUUGUCAAACCAUGGUUCAAGUUGCAAUCUGACCUAUCGACCAUUGAACUCAACAGAAAGUUGAUGGAAAUGUAUGGAAUCGAAGAUGCCGAUGGAACCAAAAUGUUCGAUGGAUUGUAUGCCAAUUUGAACACGCUUCAGGCAUUUAUCAACGAAAACUUUAGUUACAUUGUCGGUGAAGUCAAAAUGAACAAUUUCUGCGUUGCCAGAAGGAGGUGA